AUGCCAAUAUCCACCACAUAUCUAUCUGUUCAAAAUGUCGGAGUCCCAGUUGAAGGGGUAGAGAUAACCGCCAGACGUAGAAGCAGCAGUGCUGGGUCCAUCAGUCGACAUACUCUGAUGGAAGGGCUGUUGACACAAUACAACACAAUUGGCAAUACAACGGUUGCAACAAAACGAUACAAAACAACGGACCAAAUAUACCCCUUCAAACUACUAGGAAUAACUGAGCCACCCCAAUUAAAAAUAGCGCUUCCCUUCUCAUCAUCUUCCGCCCGUUUUCCAUUUGGCUGCUUGUGCACCAUCUCCAAAAACGAAGCAACGCACCUCUCCCGCUCCUCCAAACCGAAGCAGUGGAUAUGGCUCUCCCACCAACGCCUCAGAAUCACUUCUAAUGCCCCCCUUGCGAGAUCAAUCAAAAUUUCUUCAUCCACCAUUGCCCAUCGCUCAGAAUCACUUCAUGCUUCAACCUUUUCUCUUUUUUUGGUGCAACGGAAAUUCGCUUCUACCUUCUCACACAAUCCACUCUAUCGGUGUCUGUCACUCGCUCAAUGUUCACUGAGGAUGCCAAACUUUGGAGACUUUAAACGGAAUUGCCUCUUGGCAUCACUAGCACCCUACACUGACAUUGGUCGGCUCUCUUUGGUGUUUCGCUUUGUUGAGAACUUCCCUGCCAAUUUUACUCCGUACCAUUCAGAUAGUGGAAUUGCUUCGAGAGAUAGAAAAAUGUGUGUUAAGAUUGUGACCUAAUCAAGGUGAGAUUUGUUCUUUACACUUCUUCUCCUUGAAUAAAGAGCUAAUUACUUAAUUUAGGAGACCGUUCAGUAGUUCAGC